AUGGCUAGAAGUUCAAGAACAAUUGCAUCAUCAGAUGAAGAUUAUUCAGGUGAUGAAGGAGAUGAAACAAAACCAUCAAAUAAUAGUCCAAUAGAUGAUACAGAACAAGAAAAUGGGGCCAAUAAUGGAGAAGUAACAAAUAAUGAAGAACCUGCAAUUGAUGAAGAGGAGGAUCCAUUUGGUGGACCAUCAUCUCCCGAAAAAGAUGAUGAUAGCGAGGAUUAUCAAGAAUCCGAUGGAGAAAUAAAACAACGAAGAAAAAGAGUGAAAAAUAAUAGAGGUAGAAAUAAUAAUAGAUCUAAAAAAAUAAAACUAGAAUCUGAUGAUGAAGAAUUUAGAGCCGACGAUGGUGAUUCAGGUGAUGAUGAAGAUGAUUUGGUACUAUCAGAUGACGAAUUCGUUGAAAAAAGAAAGAAACCAGAUAAUUUUAUUAUUGAUGAUGAACCAGAUUGGGAUGAUAAUGAAGAUGAUUACGGAAGUAAACCUAAAAGGAAAAGAGGACGUAAAAAGAAAGAAAGAUCAGUUUCAAUAGAACCUAGAAGAACAACAAGAUCAGGUCGAUUUUUGGAAGAAGAGGACGUUCUGACUGUAAUAGGUAAUGAUACUAGGGAUGAGGAAGGUGAAGUUGAUGAUAUCCAAAAGGAAAUUGCUGAUUUAUAUGAUUCAUCACCAAUGCAUGAAUCUGAACCUUCACAACAUAAAUUACGUCAAAGAACAAAAGUUGAUUAUACGAUCCCACCUCCAAUAAAUAAUGAGCUUUUCACUGAAAGACCAAGUACUCCAACAAAUAUACGUGGUAGAAGAGGAAGGCCAGCAGUUUCAAAACCAAAUGAAUUUCGUAAAAUACUAUAUCCAACCGCAGGACCAUUUGGUGGAAGUGAUGUAAUAUCAUUGUUUGGAACAAAUAUACCUCCAGGAGGAAUACCAUUACCUGGUUUAACAAAUACAAACAAUUUAACUGCUAUAGGACAAAAUGUAAGUGAUUCAGAUACUUCAGAAGAUGAGAUUGCCCCCAUGAAUGGAGAAGCAACAGUUAGUAAAAAGCAACCGAAAGUCAACAAAUCUAAUGAAGGUAAUUUGAUUACUGGUGGUAGUGAUGAUAAAAAGAAGAAUAAAAACAAUCUUAGUGAUACAGAUCCUUUAGGUGUUGACAUGAAUAUUGAUUUUUCAGUUGUUGGUGGUUUAGAUAAUUAUAUUAAUCAAUUAAAAGAAAUGGUGGCAUUACCACUUCUAUAUCCUGAAUUAUAUCAAAAUUUUGCAAUAACGCCACCAAGAGGUGUUUUAUUUCAUGGUCCUCCUGGUACAGGUAAAACAUUAAUGGCUAGAGCCUUAGCUGCUAGCUGUUCAACAUCAGAGCGUAAGAUUACAUUUUUCAUGAGAAAAGGUGCUGAUUGUUUAAGUAAAUGGGUUGGAGAAGCUGAAAGACAAUUAAGAUUAUUAUUUGAAGAAGCUAAAAAUCAACAACCUUCAAUUAUUUUCUUUGAUGAAAUCGAUGGAUUGGCUCCUGUAAGAUCUUCAAAACAAGAACAAAUUCAUGCAAGUAUAGUAUCAACCUUAUUAGCUUUAAUGGAUGGUAUGGAUAAUAGAGGUCAAGUCAUUGUUAUUGGAGCUACUAAUAGACCUGAUGCCAUUGAUCCAGCUUUGAGAAGACCUGGUAGGUUUGAUAGAGAAUUUUAUUUCCCACUUCCAGACAUUAAUUCAAGAAAAGAAAUCUUGAAAAUUCAUACUAAAAAAUGGACUCCACCAUUGGCUGAUGCUUUCGUUGAAAACCUUGCUGAAUUAACAAAAGGUUAUGGUGGUGCUGAUUUACGUGCAUUAUGUACAGAAGCUGCAUUAAAUAGUAUUCAAAGAAAAUAUCCACAAAUUUAUGAAACUAAUCAUAAAUUAGCAGUUCAUCCCGAAAAAGUGAAAGUUAUUGCUAAAGAUUUCAUGAAAGCAUUAGAUAAAAUAGUUCCAUCAAGUGCAAGAUCAACUUCAUCUGGCUCUUCUCCUUUACCCGAGCAUUUAAAACCAUUAUUAGAAUCAAGUUACGAAAACAUUAUUACAAAAUUGAUUGAUUUGAUUCCUAAUUCUGUUCAUGUCCCUGGACGUCAAAAACUAACAGCAUUAGAGGAAGCCAAGUACAUCGAUCCAACUACAAAAGAUGCAGAUGGUGGAUUUGCAAAACAACAAUUGUUGAAAGAUUUAGAAAAUUCUAGAGUAUGUAGACCUCAGUUAUUAGUUAGUGGUAAUGAUGGAAAUGGUCAACAAUACUUGAGUGCUGCCGUUCUUAAUUAUUUAGAAGGAUUUCAAGUUCAAUCAUUGGAUUUGGGUACAAUGUUUGGUGAUUCUACCAGAACACCAGAACUGACAAUUAUACAAACAUUUAUAGAAGCAAGAAGACAUCAACCAGCUAUUAUAUUAAUACCGACAAUAGACGUUUGGUUUCAAAUACUACCAGAAUCUGCACAAGCAACAUUAUCAAGUUUACUUCGUGGAUUAAAAAGUAGCGAAAAAAUUUUAUUAUUAGGUUUUGCUGAAACAACGUUAGAGAAUUUAGACGAUAGAAUUAAAUUUUUAUUUGGAUUUGGAAGUACUCGAAACAAUAUAUUGUUGGAAAAUCCUACCAAAAAUGAAAGAUCGAACUAUUUCCAAACAUUAUGGAAGACUAUAGAAAUGAAACCUUAUGAAUUUAUCAAUGAUAUUCAAAAUAGACCAAAAAGAAAACUAAAAGAGUUGAGAAUUGUUGAACCAGAAAAAAAUCCAAACAGUGAAGAAAUGACGAAGAAAAAAAUCAAAGAACAGGAAUAUCAAGAUACUAAAUUGAAAAAUGUACUUAAAAUAAAGUUAGCAAGUUUAAUGGAUUUAUUUAAAGUCAGAUAUAAACGAUUCAAAAAGCCAAUAAUUGAUGAAAACUUCUUAUUUCAUUUAUUCGAUCCAGAAAUUUUAAAUAAUCCUUUAAAUAAUUAUCAAGUUCAAUACGUGAAAUCAGACGAUCCAAGUAAAGAGCAUAUGAUCAAAGAAUUGGCCACCGGUAAAUAUUACUACAAUAUGGAUCUUGAUACAAUAGAAGAAAGAUUAUGGAAUGGAUUUUAUAGUGAACCAAAACAAUUCUUAAAAGAUUUGAAAUUAAUAUUAAAAGAUUCAAUAACUUCAGGUGAUAGAGAAAGGCUUUUGAAAGCUAAUGAAAUGAUUACAAAUGCCCAGUUUGGUAUUGAUGAUUUCUCUACACCUGAAUUUUUAAAAGCUUGUAAAGAAGUUCGAGAAAGAGAUUUAAUUAAACAAGACAAAUUAUUGAAAGAACAUGGUGAAUUAAAGAAGCAAUUGGAGAAUCAACCUCCAAUUAUAAUGGAUUUGGAUGAGCCCAUCACUACUUCAAAUGGUUCGACUGCUGUAAACAACAAUGCCACUACGGGUCAAACUACACAAAAUGGUACAUUAGAAGCUCCAAUUGCAUUAGGUCCUAUGAACAACCCCAACAAUUCUAUGGACUUAUUAGGAAAAGAUAGUAAGCCAGCUAAAGAUGAAGAUAUAGUGAUGAAAGAAGCAGUACAAGAAUCAAUUAAAGAACCAAUCCAAGAACCGAUACAUGAAUUACUUCAAGAGCAAAUUAUUCCAGAAGAAGAUCAAGAAUCUGACUCAGAAGAAGAAGAAAGUUUAGACAUUGAUAAAACAAAACAAAUUAUAAUUAAUAAACCUCAUUUAACAGACUUGGAACAUAAAUUAAUCAAAGCUACAAAAGAUUUCACCAUAGAUAGAUUAGAAAUGAUAAUGGCAAGAUUAAUGGACAUUGUUUGGAAAGAUAGGAAUGAUUGGGACAAAACUUCAACUUUACAGAACCUUGACAAAUUAAUAUCCUCACUUGUGUAA